AAUCACUCAAAAGUCUCUCCUUCAAUUAAAAGUUUCCAAAAGAAAAAUUUUCUUAAUUUCUCAACAAAAAAUGGCCAAAUUCUUUUUUGUUUUUCUUUUAUUUGUUUUUAUUUUUAUUAAUUCUUCUUAUUGUGGAAAGAAAGAAAAUGGAAAAGAAGAAGAAAAUCCCUAUAAAGGCCCUUGGAAAAUACAUAAUACUGAAGAAAUACAGAAUCUUAGAGCUGAAAAGGAAAAACAGGCUAGAAAAUGGGCUGAAAGAAUUUCACAAUAUAACGUAAAAGGAAGAACACGACACGACUAUUUCAGUCAAAACAAAAAUCAACAAUCAUCUUCAGGAAAGUGA